GAAUACCCUGGUCAAAAAUCUUAAAAAACUGAUUUGUGUACAUGGACAUUAAACUUGCAGUAGGCCUACUUGCAGCAUUACGGUGAUUACCUGUGUAACCGGUACAAAAGUGUACCAUUUUAUAAAGCAAGCUGAUCAAAAGUGUACAUGACAUGACGCUAUUGCUAUGGUACCUGAAUGUAUGAUUUAGGGGCCUACUGUAAAUGACACCGUGACAUGUAUGUAAAUCUUCUGCUUUCGGGUCUUCUUUGCUAUGACCUUCUUCUGUCUCUUUGAUAAAAUUUGUUUGAUGUUGUUCAAAUUAAAAAAAACGUAAUCCUAUGAUAUUCUUCUGUGUCUUUGAUAACAUUUCUUUCAUGUUGUUCAAAUUUUUUAAAUACUUCGAUUUUGAAUGUGGAUCACUAGCUUAGUUUUGGAAUAAUUAGAAAGUCAGCAGAUUUUGCUGUAGUGUAAGAGCCCUCGAAUGCCCUCUUGUAAGAAUUUGGUACCUCUGUAAUUCUUGAUUUCAGGUAAACUAGCCCUCUUCACAAGCCUUGGAGUAGUUGGCAUUACAGGAGGUUUGCUGUUCCAAGAAUACAACAAUGUUAAGCAUGGUUUCAAGGUGACAGGAAGUGUGCUGGAGGCUGAAAAGAGGAAAAAAUCAUUUCCUUAUAUCUAUCUUCCUGAGGGAACCAAACAUGAACCUCCGCCUGAUUCCAAUGUGACGUAUGAUAAAAGCAGAAAGGAUAAAAAGAUUCAGUCACAACCCUUGGACAUUGCUGAAGCUUGCCCAGUCUGAGGAACAUGCUGUUCGUCUACUGGGAGUCAAGGCACUUGCCGAGGCAAAAGGAUGGCAUGUUUGGCAGUAUCAGGAGAUAGCACAGGCUUUGGACACGAGGACCAUGGUGGGCCUGGCAAGAUCUCAAGGUGCUGAUGCCAGGUUCUUUCUCUCGCCUCCCAAGUUAAAGAAGAUCAGUGCUGAAUUUGUAGAAGAUGAGUUCCGACAGUUGCUAUCAUCUUUGCCAACAACAGGAGUUGAUAAAUGCACAGCAUAUUUCACAUCCAAUGCUCUCCAGGAGGGACGGAUUGCUAUGGCUGAAGAAAGGGGAGGGCUAUGGUGCUUUGGUGGGAAUGGAUUAAGCUUUGCUCAGAGCUUGAGCCCAGUCCCUGAUGAGAAAGUUAACUUGUUCUGUCUUCAAGCUUUACUCAAACAUUCUAUGGUGCCGUCCCACUGCAUGAGGUUUGUCAGGCAGGGUGGGCUUCAGCUCAUGCAGCAAAUAGCAAAAGAUCAAAGUGAUAGCCUGAACAUCCAGAGACAUAUAGCACAAAUCAUUGCCAACAUCAGUCUACAUGAGAGUCUACAUGCUGAUAUAUUUUCAAGUGGUUGGGUUGGUCUCCUGCAUUCCUGGCUGUCGUCAGAUGAUUUAAAUCUCUCAUCAGAAGCAGCCCGAGCACUGGCAAACUUAGACAGGGAUUUCGGCCGUAGAAAAUAUGAAGAUGGGGUUUACUUGUAUCAUCCACAGUACAGAUCCAGUGAGCCUGUGUAUGCAGACAUUGUGUUUGUCCAUGGUUUACUUGGAGGUGCCUUCAAGACGUGGAGGCAGCAAGAUGUGGGUUCUGACAGUAAACAAACACAGGAAAGCGAUAAUGGCAGUGAGAAGCAAUCCUUAUGCUGGCCAAAGGACUGGUUGGCCAUGGACUGUCCAAAUGUUCGAAUCUUGGCCGUGGAAUAUGAAACUCAGCUCAGUGAAUGGGCACCAAAAUGUCCAUUUGAAAGUGAAAAGCGUUCCUUGUCAGUUCGUGGAAAGGAAAUGUUGAAGAAGUUAGUCCAGGCAGGAGUUGGUGACAGGCCUGUGAUAUGGGUCGGACAUUCCAUGGGAGGUCUUCUCAUCAAGCAGAUGCUGGCGGAUGCGAGGCAGAAUCCUGAAAUGAAGCAACUGAUCAGUCGAACUUUAGGGGUGGUUUUCUAUAGCACUCCACACUAUGGUACACCACUGGCGGCCAUAACAACCCAAGCAAAACUAGUCCUGAAUCCUUCCAUAGAAGUCAAGGAGCUCAGCCAAGGUUCCAAUAUGCUGCAUGAGCUUCAUGAACAGUUCAAAUAUGUCGUCUCGAGGUAUGACAUUCCAAUCCUGAGUUUUGGUGAAACGCAGAAAAUGGAUGUUGGUCUGAAUCUCAAGUUAUUGAUAGUGCCUCCAGAAUCUAGUGAUCCAAAGUUAGGAAAACACUUCAACCUUGAAAUGAACCACCUGAACGUGUGUAAGCCACAGGACAAGUGUGCUGCCCUCUAUCAACAGACUCUAGAGUUCCUCCUCGACUGUAUCCCGCAGAAUCGGAUCACGCAUAUCUUACAGGCUAAUGUCCCUGGACAAGACGGCGAGUACAUUUUACCAGAGUAUAACAUGAAGUAGACUGUUGGUGUCAUAUGAGAUUACGUGGAGCGCGGUGGCACAGCGGUUCAGCGUCGGCCUUGUGAUCAAGAGGUCCCGGGUUCGAUACCCGGCCAGUGCCUCUUCGUAACUCUGAACUGGCCUGAAAUGUCCUUGCGUGCACUAGAUUGUGGCUGCCUUUGGUCCUCCAGAAAGUUUUCUGGAUCGGCUGGGUAAUAAUGUUUGCGAUUGUACAUUUGUAAAGCGCUUUGAGACAGUAAAUAAUACAGUGAAGCGCUAUUGAAAAACUCACUAUUAUCAUUACUUCAAUGUUUGUGCAGGUGAUCUGCAGAUUAUGCAUAUGAAAUACAGUUAUAGGCUACAUGUACUGUCCACUAACUUUUACUUGCCCUGGCAUAGACAAAAUUCCACUUUUCACAGACAAAAUUCCACAUUUCACACAAGUGAACUUUUACUUGCCCUGGCAUAGACAAUCAGGUACAAAGGACCACAGCUUUUUUAGUCUCCUCUGACGGACGCUCAUUAAUUUAUCUCUUAUUGAGCCCCAAUCUUGUUGUUAAGAGCCAGGAAUUUUAGUUUCUUGAAAGCCAAGCCGAUGCACCGAGAAAUAGUCCUUGGUUCAAACCUGGGGCCUGUUGUAUGAUAGCCAGCAAUGUUAACCACCAGGCUCUGAGGCUCCACUAAAGUUUUCACCAGCAUAUUAUGUGUUCAGACAUGUUGGGAAUUUUUGUUGGCUUAGAUUACAUUUUGUGUUCAUGUGAUUCAUGCAAAUCAAAGGGAGUGGUGAUUGGAUGAUUGCCACAAAAUAUGACAAAUGUGAUUGAUUUGUUAUUGAAAUGAAAUUGUUGCCCAUUCUUGAAAUGGUUUAUACUGUUAAUAUCUUCUUAUAGCAUGCUGUACAUGUACAGUAAUCUGUCUUACUCGGUAAUAUCAUCAUCAUCGUCAUCAUCAAAGGAGGCGUAGUUGCCCAGACAUGGGCCUUUGCUAAUCCAUGUUUUAUUGUAAAUAUGAAAUGUACAUGUCAAUAGCGACUAGUAUGGGGGCAUGCGAAAGCAAUUGUAAAAAUAAAUACUGUUACUGUAAAUAUUGGGUAAAUUAUAUAUUGUUGU